UUAUUUUAGAAACAUCUGUUUUGGCCAACACGUGCUUCCGGUUUCAAAAAAUGGAAAAGAAGGCGAUAGAAGCUGUUUCCAAACGGAAUCAAGAAGUGAAAGAUCAACUAAAUAGUAUACCGAAAGGCAGAGCUAAGUCAGGAAGGCCAUGGAAAGUGAACAGAAUGGCUAGGUCUUCAGAAAUAAAGAAAGUCAAGUCACUGAAGUCAUCAUGGGCAGAAAAAAUGAAGAAAAAAGCAGAAGAACAAUCUGUUAAAAGUUUUGAAAAACAACUUAAAGAUGAACGGGCUGCAAAAUUAGAACUACAACGACAGAGACAAAACGAGCAUAAACAGAGAAAAUUGGAAAAUGAGAAAAAAUCAGAAGUUGUCCAGACAAUUAAGAACACAGCAAAAAUCAAGAGGAUGAAGAAAAAACAGCUAAGACUACUAGCUAAACGUUGAUGUAGAUGAUCCGAAAUAAUUUAUACAAUCUGAUAUAAAGACAUUACGAUGCUGAUAACAUAUAAACGAAACACUCCUGAAGCAUUGGUAAAGGAUAGUGUCGCUGGUUGUGGAUUGUCAAAUCUUAAAAGACAUUGUUUCCAGAAAAUAUCUUGAUACAGCAAACAUUCUGGAUCGAUGAAACAUGAAUUAACACCUAAAAUGUAGUUUUCAUUUCCAAAACAGUUCCAUAUUAACUUGGUGCUAUUUGCAAGGUACAUGAGAAUGUAUGCACACACACGUUUUUUCGACACACGGGUGUCUUGAAUGAAAAGAAUUAUAAACCCUCAAUUUACUCCACAAAUUACACUUGUAAAGCAAAAUUGCCGAUUAUAAGUCAGUGUUGUUGAAGUUCCUCGUGUAGUUUUACCAGGUGUCAAUGGUUGGAUUGCAAAACAAUGCAUGUCAGUUGUAGGAAAUAGUAGGGUCUGUUCGAGAAAGUUUUACUCAAAUAGAAAAAAAUGCAUUAAACAUUGAUACGUAGGUCUGAAGAAUGUUGAAGAUGUUAAGUCAUGCAUUUGGUUCAUUGUUGAAUUAUUUAAAAAUAAAUGUUUAUA